GAGGAUGAUGGAGGGAGGGGAGGUGGACUUAACCGAGAGCCCCUGCCAGUUCCUCGAGCCCUACGACCCCCUGCUGCUGAUCGACCCUGUGCCCUUCUGCCCGGAAGCCCCUGGUUCUUUUCCAGAAGGGGCUCAGCUGGUGUCUUUGUGCAAGGCCUGGGCUCGCACCGUGGCUGCCGAGAGGACUGCUUUUUACUCCGCUCUCGAGGCAGAGGUGGAGCCGGGCGAUCUCAUGCUCGGGCGGCGCCGCAGCGCCAAAAGCAAAAGAGGGUCACCACGAACCAGCUGGCCGAGCAGUGGAAGUAUUUGCGAGCUGCUCCCUGCCUUGAGCAGCCAGCUGCAGGCCCUUUCCGAAAAGCAGCAGGCCCUGGAACAGAAGGUCUCUAUGGGAGUCCCUCCAGCUGCCCCUCUACCUGCUCAUCGUCAGCCCUUUGCCCUGCCGGCCGCGGGGGCUCCCGCCAGCAAGGCCGGAGCGAUGGCACAGCUUGAAAGGCAAGAAAGAGCGGAGCCGGCGGUCCCAGCAACUGUUGUGCAAGAGCCGCCGAGCCCAGGAGGUAUGGGAGAGAUUUUGGAGGCCGGGCCCUCUCCGAUGGCUGCCGCCCUGGCCCAGCAGACCGAAGCUCUUACACAGCUGGUGGGCCAUCUUAUCCAGGUUUCAGAGGCCGAGCUCUCCUUGCAGACGGGGAACUUCAUGCUGGCUGUGGCUCAGAACGGGCACCGCCGGAUGUUCCCGACAGAAGCCGCCCCAAAGAGCCUGGAGGAGCUAAGGCGAGAGCCCAGGAGGUUCACUUUCUCCCAGUACCUGGAGAGGAAGGGGCUUUGGGCCCUCUCCCUCCUCAUGGUCUGCCUGGAGCAAGCUGCCCUCGACCAUGGCAAGUUCGAGGUUGCCUACACUUUGCUCAGGGCGUUUGCUCCUUUGUGUCCGCCCACUUGGGCGACCACCGCCCUUGCCUUCUUGAAGGAGACCGACUCCAUCCUUGCAAGGAGGUUCCCGAGGCCCCCGACCUGCUCUCUGCUGCGCUCCGGCCUUUCCUCUUUGCCUCGUCUCCUCGUGUGCUGCCCCCCUCCCGGCUUGGAGGGUGAGGGCCCUGGACUUUUGCACCGGUCGCUGGCCAGCGCUCCGGUUUAUGCUCGGCCGAGGGACCGGUCCAAAGGGCCCGACGCUCCGCCUGCACAGCCGCCUCGCCUCACUUUCCGGAGGUGGUCCCUCAGCCUUUUCUACAGGGCGCCUGCCAAGUCCUUGUUCCCGCUGCCCCUGCCAUACUUUGGCAUCUUCCGGGCACUUCCCCCGCACCUGGGCUCGGCCGCUCGCUCUCGGAUUGGUGUGAAGAGAGCUGUCUUUGUGACCAACUACCUCUAUGCUGGGCUUCGGCCUCCCAGUGACCUUCAAGCAAAGGCCUUGGACUAUCUUGAGAGGCUUGUCAAGGCUUGCGGUGCGGUCGAGGCGGUUGUGUGCCAGGGCCUCACUUCGCUGGGUCCUUCCUUUGACCGCUAUGGGCCCGCGUUCCCAGGCCUCCCGCUGGACCAGCAAACUGCUUUCGAUGCCCUGCACCCCUACCGAACCCUCGACCCUUCUCGCCUCAAGCUCGCCAGCAGGGCAAACUGGGACCCGUCUGAUUUCCUUGAUGACCUGUUCUAUAUGCCCUUCCGAGCCCCGCAAGUGCUGCUGCUCCCCGGGGUCGGGCCGCCCGGUGCCUUUGAGGUGCCCGACAUCUCGCGUGAGGUGCCCUCUCGUGUGCUUGCUCUUGCAAAAUUGUGGGACAGCUUCGGCCUCUUGCGGCUCAGCAAAGACGGGCCCGAGACUCAGGGUUGGUGGGAGGGCCUCACGACGGCCAAAAGUUGCCGGAAGUGGGGUGUAGAGAGAGUGUGCUCUUUCGUAGGAUGCUUUUGCGGGGCAUCUCGAGCAUUGCAUGCGGCAGACAUCAGCAAGCGUUUUCCGUCCGAUGUGGGAUUUGCAGGAGCAGCCUUUAGGAGCACUCGCCUCGAUCCUUUGGGUGUUGACUUCCAGAAGGGGCUGCAGCAUGUUUUCAGUGGCAAGGAAUCAGAUGUCUAUGAUUUCCUCUGCAGCGUGGAGGCCGAGUGUUCGCCGAGUUUCCUAGGUGACCGAAUCGUUGCUGGAUUUUUCCUGGUAUGUGUUUAUGCGAGGGCCCGUUUUUCAGACGCCCUGCACAUGGAGGACCUCAAGGUGGAUCGAGGGUCGGGGCCGCGUUUGCAGGGUUACCUGGAGACCUCGGUAAGCAGGUCUAAGACUUCGUACACUGUCGAGAGGAAAACUGAGUACUUACCUAUGGUGGUGCCGCUGUGUGGCCUCACUGGCAAGGAUUGGGUUUCAGAGUGGCUGACUCUGAGGACAGAUCAGGAGAUGCCCUCGGGGCCUGGUGUGCCUCUUCUGGUUAUGGGUAGCAAGCGAGGGGGCUGGACUCGAGUACCACCUACUGCUAGCUUUGCUGCUGCGUGGCUGAGGGGUCUCCUUGCAAGUUUGGAGUUCAAUGAUGAACUGGUCACUGCGCUGGGUACACACAGUUGCAAGGCUACGUGUCUUUCAUGGACCGGGACAUUUGGGAUUUCAGCCGAGCAUCAGCGGGUGUUGGGCUAUCAUACAGCUCCGGGAGACUCAAUGCGUUUGCUGUAUUUCAGGGAUGGCAUCGCCCCUGCGGUGAGGGACCUUGAAAAGGUCCUGGGCAUGAUCCGAUCAGACACUUUCCGUCCUGACAGCACGAGGUCAGGGUAUUUCCCUGGGCAGGCUGAUGAACCAGAAAUUCCUGAGGUGCCCGAGGAUCCUUUGCUUCAUGUCCCGGUCUCGGAGUCUGAGCCUUCUGAAGACGAAGAGGACAACGGCUGCGAUCACGAGGCUUUUGAAAUGGCUGCUGAGGAGAUUUGUGAUGACUGGCAGGGUCCGGCGGCAGAGGACGGUUCGGCUCGGGCCCCAAUGGUGCGUCACAAUCUUUCGCGACUUAUCCACUGCCUGCUGGAUGAUUCAGGGAACAACCUGAG